AUGGCUGCCGAUGCGUUCGACGAGCUGCUCGAGCUGGAAAAUGGCUACUAUCAAGAAGGAUUCGAUGCCGGGGUGGCUGAUAGCACCUAUGCUGGCAUGAUAGAAGGGAAGGUCUUCGGGAUUGAAAAGGGCUACGAAAAGGCUAUUGAGCUGGGCAAACUCCAUGGCCGAGCGCUCGUCUGGCAAGCGAGAUCUUCUGACUCUAGAGGGACAGUCAAACACAUCGGCGACGCCCUUGAAAACAAGGGAUUGCAGCAGGCGACGCUUGAAACCCAAUCAAGACUCAGGCAAAAUGUCCAGAUGCUCGCUCCUACCUCGAAGAAUUCCCGACUGCGGAAACAUGUUGAGGCGCUUCAUGUGGCUUCCGAUGGCAGUACCGUGGCUAGAGACAACUCAGACGAAGCCGUAACCGAGUUUGAUGAUCGUAUUGCGAAAGCGAGAGCCAAGGCCAAGGUCAUUGCCAACAUUGUGGGGGAGCCGCUCAACCCAACCGUGGGUGUAAACGCCGGGAUUGAAGACGCUACAGGUCUGCAAGCACGGCAUUGA